CCCCCCCCGCCGCGGCCGCCGGCAGCGGGAGCGCUCUGUUCUCGCACGGUUCCCCCUCACCCCGUUAUGGCGGUCGCUGCAGAGGAGCCGUUCCCCUUCCACGGUCUCCUGCCUAAGAAGGAGACUGGUGCCGCCGCCUUUCUUGCCCGCUUCCCCGACUUCGACGGACGGGGGGUGCUGCUGGCGGUGCUGGACACCGGCGUGGACCCGGGGGCGCCGGGCAUGCAGAUUACAACUGAUGGGAAACCCAAGAUAAUUGAUAUAAUUGACACAACAGGCAGUGGUGAUGUAACUACGUGUACCAUUGUGGAACCUAAAGAUGGAGAAAUUGUCGGUCUGUCUGGAAGAACUUUAAAGAUUCCAGCAACCUGGGUAAAUCCUUCAGGCAAAUAUCACAUUGGCAUAAAAAAUGGCUAUGAUAUCUAUCCUAAAGCUCUUAAGGAGAGGAUUCAGAAAGAACGCAAGGAAAAGCUCUGGGAUCCCAUUCACAGACUGGCUCUAGCAGAGGCCUGUAGAAAACAAGAAGAAUUUGAUGCGGCUCAUAGCUCUCCCUCCCAGGUAAAUAAGCUGAUAAAGGAAGAACUUCAAAAUCAAGUGGAACUGUUGAAUUCUUUUGAGAAAAAAUACAGUGAUCCUGGCCCAGUAUAUGACUGUCUGGUAUGGAAUGAUGGUGAGACCUGGAGAGCCUGCAUAGAUACAAGUGAGAGUGGUGACUUGACAAGCUGUACAGUGCUGAGAACCUACAAAGAGGCUCAGGAGUAUGGAUCCUUUGGAACAUCUGAAAUGUUGAAUUAUUCUGUGAAUAUAUAUGAUGAUGGAAACCUUCUUUCCAUUGUGACAAGUGGAGGAGCGCAUGGAACACAUGUGGCUAGUAUUGCAGCUGGAUACUUUCCAGAAGAGCCAGAACGAAAUGGUGUGGCUCCUGGAGCUCAGAUUCUUGCAAUCAAGAUUGGUGAUACAAGACUAAGUACAAUGGAAACUGGCACUGGUCUAAUAAGAGCUAUGAUAGAAGCAAUAAAAUACAAAUGUGAUCUCGUCAACUAUAGCUAUGGAGAGGCAACACAUUGGCCAAAUUCUGGGAGAAUUUGUGAAGUUAUUAAUGAAGCAGUGUGGAAACACAAUGUAAUCUAUGUUUCAAGUGCAGGAAAUAAUGGCCCUUGCCUUUCUACAGUAGGAUGUCCUGGUGGAACUACAUCUAGUGUAAUAGGUGUUGGUGCCUAUGUUUCACCUGACAUGAUGGUUGCUGAAUACUCUUUAAGAGAAAAACUGCCAGCAAAUCAAUAUACUUGGUCAUCCAGAGGGCCUAGCACUGAUGGAGCCCUGGGAGUAAGCAUCAGUGCCCCAGGAGGUGCUAUUGCUUCUGUUCCAAACUGGACUUUGCGAGGAACACAACUCAUGAAUGGUACAUCCAUGUCUUCUCCCAAUGCAUGUGGAGGCAUUGCAUUAGUAUUGUCAGGACUCAAAGCUAAUGAUAUUCAUUACACUGUUCAUUCUGUCAGAAGAGCUUUAGAAAAUACUGCAGUGAAAGCUGAAAACAUAGAAGUAUUUGCACAAGGACAUGGUAUUAUUCAGGUUGAUAAAGCCUAUGACUACCUCAUUCAGAAUUCAUCAUUCACAAGUAACAUAGGCUUUACAGUUACUGUUGGCAGCCACCGUGGAAUCUACCUCAGAGAUCCUGCCCAGAUAGCUGCACCUUCUGAUCAUGGUGUUGGCAUAGAACCUGUCUUUCCUGAGAAUACGGAAAACACUGAAAGAAUAUCUCUUCAGCUUCAUUUAGCUUUAACUUCAAAUGCAUCAUGGGUCCAGUGUCCUAGUCAUUUAGAGCUUAUGAACCAGUGUCGACACAUAAAUAUUCGCGUGGAUCCACGUGGCCUGAGAGAAGGACUGCAUUAUACAGAGGUGUGUGGAUAUGAUAUAGCAAUGCCUAAUGCAGGCCCUCUCUUCAGAGUUCCAAUAACUGUUGUUAUACCAACACGAGUAGAUGAAUCAUCAAGCUAUGACCUGACAUAUACAGAUGUUCAUUUUAAACCUGGUCAAAUCCGAAGGCACUUCAUUGAUGUUCCACAGGGAGCUACGUGGGCUGAAGUGACAGUAUGCUCAUGUUCAGCUGAUGUGACUGCCAAGUUUGUGCUUCAUGCUGUUCAGCUAGUGAAACAAAAAGCAUAUAGAAGUCAUGAGUUUUACAAAUUUUCAUCCUUACCAGAAAAAGGAUCAGUGACUGAAGCUUUUCCUGUCUUAGCUGGAAAAACCAUUGAAUUUUGUGUUGCUCGGUGGUGGGCAAGCCUUAGUGAUGUUAGCAUUAAUUACACAAUUUCUUUCCAUGGUGUACUUUGUGCUACUCCUCAGCUAAACAUGCAUGCUUCAGAAGGCAUCGUACGAUUUGAUGUUCAGUCUCUGUUGAAGUAUGAAGAUAUUGCUCCAUGCAUAAAUCUGAAAAGCUGGGUUCAAACACUCAGACCAGUGAGUGCAAAAAUAAAACCUUUGGGCUCCCGAGAUAUUUUGCCAAAUAAUCGACAACUGUAUGAGAUGAUUUUGACCUAUAACUUCCAUCAGCCUAAGAGUGGAGAAGUAACUCCAAGCUGUCCACUUCUUUGUGAAUUGUUGUAUGAAUCUGAAUUUGAUAGUCAACUGUGGAUUAUUUUUGACCAGAACAAAAGACAAAUGGGUUCAGGAGAUGCCUAUCCACACCAGUAUUCUGUGAAACUGGAAAAAGGAGAUUACACUAUUCGGUUACAAAUUCGUCACGAACAGAACAGUGAGCUGGAUCGCAUCAAAGACCUUCCAUUUAUUGUUUCUCACAGGUUGUCUAGUACCUUGAGCUUAGAUAUUUAUGAAAACCAUAGCCUUGCUCUCUUAGGGAAGAAGAAAUCCAACAGUUUGACAUUACCACCAAAACACAGUCAGCCAUUCUUUGUUACAUCUCUGCCUGAUGACAAAAUACCUAAAGGAGCAGGACCAGGAUGUUAUCUUGCAGGAGCCCUUACACUGUCUAAAACAGAACUUGGAAAGAAAGCUGGGCAGUCCGCAGCAAAGCGACAAGGAAAAUUUAAAAAGGAUGUCCUUACUGUUCACUAUCAUCUGAUACCAUCACCAUCAAAAAGUAAAAAUGGCAGCAAAGACAAAGAAAGAGAGCAGGAAAAAGAAAAAGAUGUAAAAGAAGAAUUUGCUGAAGCUUUAAGAGAUCUAAAAAUACAGUGGAUGACCAAACUGGAUACCACUGACAUGUAUAAUGAGUUGAAAGAAGCAUUUCCUAAUCAUCUUCCAUUGUACGUUGCAAGACUUCAUCAGCUGGAUUCUGAAAAGGAACGAAUGAAAAGACUUGAUGAAAUUGUUGAAGCUGCAAAUACUGUAAUUUCUCAUAUUGAUCAGACAGCAUUAGCAAUAUAUUUUGCCAUGAAGACCGAUCCCAGGCCUGACGCAACUACUAUAAAAAAUGAAAUGGAAAAACAGAAGACUACUUUAGUGGAUGCACUUUGUCGAAAAGGAAGUGCGCUGGCUGACCAGCUUCUUCAUCUGCAGGCCCAAGAAGGGGCUGCUUCCAGUGAUGCAGAAGGCAAAGAUGAGGAUCAUGAGAGCUGCUCUGAAGCUUUGACAGAGACAUUCUGGGAAACAACAAAAUGGACUGAUCUUUUUGACAGCAAGGAAGCCCUGUUACGAAAGAAAUGCUGUCAAGUGGCUUUCCUCCUGCCUUUAUCACUGAUGUUCAAUAACCAUUCAAAACUUACAGGGUCAGGUAAGAGAUUUCUUAAUAGAGCAGUGACAUUAUUUCUGGAUAGCCUCCAAUAUGUUAUAUUUGCUGAGAGCUCAGAUGCAUUUUUCAUUUUACUUUUUAUUUGUUAUGUUUUUGUUUUGUGGUUCUAUCAUCUUUUAUAGAAGGGAAUUAAUGUUUUCUUUAUAAGCUUAGUUUAACAAACUAAAGCUGCUUAUGGAUCCACUGAGCAGUUAUUCAAAAGUGUUUGCUAAUGUGUUUUGCUUUAAGAAAAUAUCCAAAAUAAUUGGAUGGAGAAUGCAGCAUGCAAAGUAUUUUUCCAAUAGCAGUAUUUGGAAAAUCUCUAUGUGAAUGGUGCUGUAUACUCAUUGUCGCAUAUGUGUGUGUUUUAAGCUAUGACACCUUAAGUAUGAACACCUCAACACAAGAAAAAAAGUACUUGAAGACAUAAGAAUGAGCAACUCAAAGUGCUUGGCAUAUACUUUAGAGCUUCAGAAUUACAUCUUUAUUUGCUUGAUAAUUAGUAAAUUAUUUCUGGUUUUGUUUUGUUUUUUUGUUAGCUCCAUUUGAUCCUGCAAAGCCUUGUGCGUGUGAUUGACAUUCAGUGGCAGUGUUCAGGCGGAUAAAAUUAGGCAGGUUCUUCAGUCCUUGCGGGAUUCAGAUCUCAGAUUCCUUUAUGGUUUAGGUUCUUAUGAUAGUUAUUUUUUUUUCUUUGCUUUACUGCAAAAUACUUAUUUCUGAACAUCCUUGAAGCGUGUUUGUUAGCUUUUCUUAAAGGGAUAUUUUAAGUGGGCAUUGGGAAAAUGUAACUUUU